AAAUUAGGGUUUUGGGAGAUCCUUUUACAACUUCUUGUAGCUGCUGCUUGAGUCUCUUCACGCCUCUGCAGUUUGCAUCAUCUCUCUCCUCCAAUCUCAAGAGCAGCCAUGAUUAUCUCAGAGAAGAAUCGCAAGGAGAUUUCCAAGUACCUCUUCCAAGAGGGUGUGUGCUAUGCUAAGAAGGACUACAACCUUGCAAAGCAUCCCGACAUCGAUGUCCCAAAUCUGCAAGUAAUUAAGCUCAUGCAGAGCUUUAAGUCAAAGGAGUAUGUCCGUGAGACCUUUGCCUGGAUGCACUACUACUGGUACUUGACCAACGAUGGUAUUGAGUUCUUGAGGACUUACCUCAACCUCCCUUCCGAAAUUGUCCCUGCUACCCUUAAGAAGCAGAUGAAGCCUGCUGGUCGUCCCAUGGGUCCCGGUGGUGAUCGCCCACGUGGCCCACCCAGGUUUGAGGGUGACCGACCAAGGUUUGGUGACCGUGAGGGUUACCGUUCAGGACCUCGUGGACCACCAGGGGAAUUCGGUGGUGAGAAGGGUGGAGCUCCAGCUGAUUACCAGCCUUCAUUCGGUGGUGCAAGGAGGCCAGGAUUUGGCCGUGGUGCUGGAGGAUUCGGUGGUGGUGCACCCGGUGCCGCCCCAGGAGCUGCACCCGGAGCUGGUGCUUCAGGAUCUUUUGCUUAGGUACAAGGCAGUGCUUAUUAUGUGAGGCGAAACCAGGUUGAAUUGUGUUAGUGGUUUCUUUAUUAGGCUAAAAAGAGUACAAUUUCAAGUGUUUUCUAGAAGGCGUGACAUUUAUUUUGUAAUCUGGCCUCUUGGGCUUUAUUUUCAGUGUAACUACAAGAGCUAGUAGUAAUUUUGACUAUUGGCAUUUGUUUUUUGAAAUACCCCCAAACGCAUCUUCCUACUUAAAUGUGACUCGAUUUGUUCUUCAA